AUGGAGCGGAGGAGUUUUCUUGACCAGGAGCCGCCGCCGGGGUACAUUGCCGGGCUGGGCCGUGGUGCCACUGGAUUCACCACGCAAGCAGACCUGGGCACCGUUCGACGGCUUCCUGCGGGCUCGUUUGCGUCCGACGAUGACAAGGACGAUGGCGACCAGGACCGGUUUCUGGACGCUGAUCAGGACGAGGCGGGUGUUUUUGGCGGUCUGCGCGACGACGAUGACGAUGCAGACCAGAUCUACGACGCUAUCGAGCAGAAAUUGCAGCAGAAAAAGGCCAGAGCAGCGAAAAGAGCGCGUUCUGCCGUCGUAGACUCUGACGGCAGGGUCCAGGCCCAGGAUAUUAGUAUCGGGCAAUCGAUCCAGACCAUUGGCGAGGAGUUCAAGGACUACAAGCAGCAAUUGGCAGAGGUGUCCACUGAUGAAUGGCUGAAUCUUCCCGAGUCGGGCGAUUUCACCAAACGCAACAAGAGAGCCCGCAAAGAAUUGCAGGAGCGACAGAGAUUCUAUCGGAACUCGGACCUUGUGUCUGUUUCUGGGCCUGCGGGCACUGCAAAUGUGACCAACGAGGACGACGACGUGGACCUGACAGGCGUUUCGGUGGCCAAGGAGAAAGUUUUGGCCGGGCAGCUGAUGAACGUGCAGGAACAGUCGGCCGUCGUUUCGGUGGACGCAGACGAGUACUUGGCAAGCCUGGCACAGUCGGGCGACCGCAUUGCCACCGAGAUCGGCGACUACGCCAAGACACGUGCGCUGUUUGCCAAGAUGAGAGAGGCCAAUCCACGCAGACCCGAUACGUGGAUAGCCAGUGCGCGGCUGGAGUUUGAGGCGAAACGGUUCCGUCGCGCACGAGAGCUUAUCCAGGAAGGAUGCGAGCGGUGCCCGAAGUCCGAGGAGGCGUGGCUGGUGAACAUUGAGAUGAAUAAGCAGGACGUUGGUGUUUGCAAGGUGAUUGUUGCGCAGGCGGUGCGAUUCAACGCGCGGUCGCUCAGGCUAUGGUUAUGUGCGGCCUCCUUGGAGACAGACAGUGUCUCGAAGAAACGCAUUGUCAAGAAAGCGUUGGAGUUCUUGCCCGCGUGUGCAGAGCUUUGGCUCGAGGUGGUGAAGUACGAGCCGGACACGGCCAUGGCCGUGCGCAUGCUGCAGAAGGCUGUCGAGCUGGUGCCGGAGAGCGUGUCCCUGUGGCUCAAGUACGCAGAGCUCGGCAAGACAAGACAGGUGCUGGAGCAGGCGCUGACCAAAGUGGCUCCCGGUGACGCGCACGUGAUCUGGGUGGAGCUGGCCAAGUUUGAGGAAAUACACACGGAAAACGAGGUGAAGGUGACGCGACUGGUGGAGCGGUGUUUUGCCAGCACGGCACUGGACCGCGAGAAGUGGCUGGGCAUUGCGCUCGAGUGCGAGCAAAAGAACCUGCCUUUGGUAGCCAGGGCCAUUGUUUUCAACAGCAUGAGUCUGGGAGUUCCUGAAACGGACAAGCUGGAGUUCUGGCGCGCAGAUGCUCUGGAAAGGUCGCCCGAGCUCGCCAAGUCGAUGUUCAUGUACAUCACGGCCAACUACCCGGACGACACCGCCAGCUGGAUGGAUUUUAUCCGGUUGGAAAAACAGCUAAAGGACUACGAGCAACUGUAUGUGGUUUACGAGAUGGCCACGCGGGCAAUCCCCACCAACAAGCUGUUUUAUUUGAUGUACGCGAAGGACAAGUGGAAGCUUGAUGGGGAUGUGCAAAAAGCCAGGGACGUGAUUAAUGAAGGGUUGGAAGCCAUUCCCGACUGCGAAGACCUGUGGUUUGCUCUGAUCCGGUUGCAGGACACCAACGAGGCCAGAAACACGUACGCCAAGUGCCGUGCCCGGCUGGGCAAGCUGUCCGCGCGCGUGUGGUACAAGAGCGUAACGUUUGAGCGACAGAGCAACGACCCGGUGGCUGCGAAAAAGCUUGCCGAGACGGGGCUGGCGCUGUUCCCGAAAGAACAGAAACUGCACCUGCAGCUGGGCCAGAUCAUGGAGGAGCAGAACGAGCUUGCUGAGGCGGCAGAGGCUUACUACAAGGGCACGUUUGCGUGUGUACAAGCCGAUUUGCUGUGGGUGCACCUUGCCCGAGUUCACGAGAAACAGGGCAACCUGAUCAAGGCGCGGUCGGUGCUGGACCAGGCACUGAUUGCCAGCCCGGACAGCGACCUGGUGUACCUGGAGCGGGUGCUUUUGGAAGAGCGGGCAAAUAACCGGUCGCAGGCGGAGCGGAUCUUGGCUGCUGCGCUCAAGAGACUGGGCACCUCUGCGGUGCUCUGGCGACAGAACAUACUGUUUGCGAAAAAGACGCAUCGCAAGAACCUUUACGGGGCCGCACUGAACGCUACCAACGACAGCCCGGUGGUGAUUCUUGCCAUUGCGAGGGACAUGUGGGUGUCGGGCAAGAUUGCCAAGGCGAAGCAGUUUUUUGACGCGUGCUACGACCAGGACCCGGGGUACGGCGACUACUACAUGGAGUACUAUGCGUUUCUGCGGAAGCACGGGACCAAGGCAGAAAUUGCAGAGCUGGAGCGCAGGUUUGUGGAGCACGACCCGCACUCGGGGGAGCGGUGGUGUGCGGUGAUGAAGGACGUGCGUGCUACCAAGACGGGGGUGGAUCUAUUGCGGGAUGCAGUUGUGGGGAGAGAGGGAGUGUAG